AUGGAGAGAAUGCAGAUGAUGGCUUCUUACAUGGCUGCUAUCGCUGAGGAGGAGGGAGAUGAGGAGGGAGAGGAGGAGGGAGAGGAGGGGGAUGGGUCGGGAGAGGGCAGGGGGGACGCCCAUAUGAAGGAGAGUGGAGACGGAGGGGAGCACAUCACGGAGACCUCGGUAAUGACAGGCGCAUGUGAUGGAAGAGCAAUGGUAUGGACGGCAGCUGAUGCUCCCGCUGCUUCUUUCCUUGAAGGACGAGGGGUUCCUAGAAACAUGGAAGCAGGUCACAGUGUUGCUCGCACUGGUGGUACAGGUGGUGGCACUGGUGGUGCUGCUGCUGCUGCUGGUGGGAGUGGUUGUGGUGGCACUGGUGGUGUUGGUGCUGCUGCUGGUGGUGGGAGUGGUGGUGCUGCUGAUGGUGGUAGUGGUGGCAGAGGUGGUGGUGCUGGCACCGAUGGUUCUGGCGGUGCUGCUGCUACUGCUGCUGCUGCUGCUGCUGCUGCUGCUGCUGCUGCUGCUGCUGCUGCUGCUGCUGCUGCUGCUGCUGCUGCUGCUGCUGCUGCUGCUGCUGCUGCUGCUGCUGCUGCUGCUGGCAGCGUUGGUGCUGACGCUGGUUGUGCAGGUACUGGUGGGCGGCACAGGCAGCGGCAGCAGGCGACCAUCAAGCCAAGCGAGUCGCUGGGACGGUUAAGGAUGACUGUGCCUCUGGACAUCCUGGGGCCGCACCAAGAUCUGGGGUCCAUGAUCGAAGGAGCCGUCAAUUACAUUCAAAUCAUGCAGGUGCGCGUGUCGGAGUUGCAGCAGAGAGUAGUGGAAGGCGAGAUACGAGCACGGCUGAACAGCCAACGGUAA